CUCUGGGAGUCUUCGCUAGUAGGCAAUGGGCGGCGGGGAAGAUGAGUUUGAACCUUCGGCGCUGGGCACCAAAGAGCAUUGGGAUGCCACAUAUAAACGUGAACUGCAGCAUUUUGACGAUACUGGUGAUGCUGGUGAGAUCUGGUUUGGCGAGGAAAGCAUGAGUCGUUUAAUUGGAUGGCUAGAAAAACAGAAGAUACCCUUGGACAGCUGUAUACUUGAUAUUGGAACAGGAAAUGGUUAUUUACUGGCUGAAUUGGCCAAAUCCGGUUACACUGAUCUCAUAGGAAUUGACUACUCCCCUUCCGCAAUUUGGCUUUCAAAAAAGGUAAUGGAAAAAGAAGGGUUGCCUCAAGUUAAAUUGCAGGUAGAAGAUAUUUUAAAUCCUUCAGAUGAAUUAUCAGGAUUUCAUGUUUGCAUUGACAAAGGGACUUUUGAUGCCAUCAGCCUGAAUCCAGAGAAUGCAGCUGAGAAACGAAAGCAGUAUGUAAAAUCACUGCAUAGGAUAUUGAGACCAGGAGGCCUUUUCCUCAUAACUUCUUGUAACUGGACCAGAGAGGAACUACUUAAUGAAUUUGGAGAAGGGUUUCUUCUUUUGGAGGAGCUGCCUACAUCUGUGUUCUGCUUUGGAGGAAAAACUGGGAACAAUGUAACUGUUCUGGUUUUCCAAAAGAAAAUAUGAAGGUGUCCGCAUUGGGACUUCAUUGGCUGGAAGCAUCUUAGUCCUUAAUUCUGAAUUUAUCUGGCAAACAAGAUAUAAAUAUAGAAAAAGUAUAUGAACAUACUGACUUGAGCACACAGUACAAUAUAAUGGCUAAGCAAAACAGGACUAUGGAGAGUUGCAUGUGUCUUUAGUUUGCUUUGUUGCAAGCUUAAUUGCAGGUAAGUUGUAUGAGGAAUAUACAGAAGGAAGAACUGUUUUGCUGUUUGUCCAAGGAGAAAACUGUAAACAUUGUUUGCAUAUAAAAUGUAAAAUAUAUUUUGUUAUGAUAAAUGGUGGCCUGUUCAAAAAAUAAAAUUGGAUGUAUAUG